CCUUUCCGUCGAGCUCUCCCGCUUCACCCCAUUGGACCCCGCGGCCGCCGCGAGAGCUCUGCGCCUGCGUACGCACCGGCCGGGGGGACGGGGUGGGGUGGCGUGGGCGCGCGGCGGGGCGCAGGCGCAGGCGCGGUUUGUGUCCGCGGCUAGGGGAGGGAUGUGGGGUAAGCGACGGCCCCCGGUGUGUUUGCGCUGUGGGCGGUGCACAUUGCAGAGCCCACGAAAGGCGGGAGAUGGCGGCGCAGAGCGCGGAGUCUCGGUCCACCCUCCAGCACAAGAGGCUGAUGGCCGCUGAUAUGGGGCGCAGGGUAUUGGGAGUGUAUGGCAUGCAUCCUGACCAUCAGGAAACUCUAAAAAAGAAUCGAGUGGUGCUAGCCAAACAGCUGUUGCUGAGUGAACUGUUAGAACAUCUUCUGGAGAAGGACAUCAUCACCUUGGAAAUGAGGGAGCUCAUUCAGGCCAAAGUGGGCAGUUUCAGCCAGAAUGUGGAACUCCUCAACUUGCUGCCUAAGAGGGGUCCCCAAGCUUUUGAUGCCUUCUGUGAAGCACUGAGGGAGACCAAGCAAGGCCACCUGGAGGAUAUGUUGCUCACCACCCUAUCUGGGCUUCAGCAUGUACUCCCACCGUUGAGCUGUGACUACGACUUGAGUCUCCCUUUCCCGACAUGUGAGUCCUGUCCCCCUCACAAGAAGCACCACCUGUCGACAGAUACUGUGGAACAUUCCCUAGACAAUAAAGAUGGUCCUGCCUGCCUUCAGGUGAAGUCUUGCACUCCUGAAUUUUAUCAAACACACUUCCAGCUGGCCUAUAGGUUGCAGUCUCGGCCUCGUGGCCUGGCACUGGUGUUGAGCAAUGUACACUUCACUGGAGAGAAGGACCUGGAAUUUCGCUCUGGAGGGGAGGUGGACCACAGUACGCUAGUCACCCUCUUCAAGCUUUUGGGCUAUGAUGUCCAUGAUCUACAUGACCAGACUGCACAGGAAAUGCAAGAGAAACUCCAGAAAUUUGCACAGUUACCUACACACCGAGUCACGGACUCCUGCAUCGUAGCACUCCUCUCGCAUGGUGUGGAGGGCGCCAUCUAUGGUGUGGAUGGGAAACUGCUCCAGCUACAAGAAGUUUUUCGGCUCUUUGACAACGCCAACUGCCCAAGCCUACAGAACAAACCGAAAAUGUUCUUCAUCCAGGCCUGCCGUGGAGAUGAGACUGAUCGUGGGGUUGACCAACAAGAUGGAAAGAGCCAUGCAGGAUCCCCUGGGUGCGAGGAGAGUGAUGCUGGUAAAGAGGAGUUGCUGAAGAUGAGACUGCCCACGCGUUCAGACAUGAUAUGCGGCUAUGCCUGCCUCAAAGGGACCGCUGCCAUGCGGAACACCAAACGAGGUUCCUGGUACAUCGAGGCCCUCGCUCAGGUGUUUUCUGAGCGGGCUUGUGAUAUGCACGUGGCUGACAUGCUGGUUAAGGUGAAUGCACUUAUCAAGGAUCGGGAAGGCUACGCCCCUGGCACAGAGUUCCACAGGUGCAAGGAGAUGUCUGAGUACUGCAGCACUCUGUGCCGUCACCUCUACCUGUUCCCAGGACACCCUCCCACAUGAUGCCGCCUCCCCAUCAUCCACGCCAAGUGGAAGCCACUGGACCACAGGAGGUGUGAUAGAGCCUUUGAUCUUCAGGAUGCACGGUUUCUGUUUUUCCCCCUCAGGGAUGUGGGAAUCUCCCAGACUUGUUUCCUGUGCCCAUCAUCUCUGCCUUUGAGUGUGGGACUCCAGGCCAGCUCCUCUUCUGUGAAGCCCUCUGCCUGUAGUGCCAGCUGUGGUUGGACCUAUUGCCAGGAACGUUUCAGCUGCAGGUGAAGAUCCUGACAAGUGAAGUAAUAAACACAGUGUGGUUAGGGGGAGAGGGCAUGUAAGCUUCCCCAUAUUUGGGUUCAGUGCUAGCUUUUGUAGAUGGCACUUUAGUCAUUGCUUUUAUUUCAUUAGUU